UUUGCUACGAUCGGAAAUCAUGCCAAGGCGCAACUCGCACAUCCGCAGAGUUUCUAUAGCUAUUGCAAGUUGCAGGUAGGACAUGGUCGUCUACGCCAUUUUUAAAAGGAGCUCAGUCGCCAAUCAACCGCGGUAGGGUGCACUUGGUACCUCGCCGCGAAUAUUGCAUCAGGCUUGUAACUUUUUCCCACGAUUAAUGUUGCCAUACAGGCAUUUCACGAUGACGACAGUGUAAGAAUUUGUUUGAAACUCUUCACUGAGUGUAUAACGGGGGUGUUGAUAGAAGUAUUCAUAGGAGGUACUAGCACAAGAAACAUGUCCAGUGCAACACAAAUGUCUAGUGGGCUCAGUAAGCUUAAAAAAAAACAUUUUCGUGUUAAACAUCAAAAGGUCAAGCUGUUUCGUGCAAAUGAACCUCUUCUUAGUGUUUUCAUGUGGGGUGUCAAUCACACGAUAAAUGAGCUUAGUCAUGUUAAUAUACCAGUAGUGCUCCUGCCAGAUGAUUUCAGAGCUUAUAGCAAGUUAAAAGUGGAUAAUCAUCUUUUUAACAAGGAAAAUAUGCCCUCACAUUUUAAGUUUAAAGAAUAUUGUCCUCUAGUAUUCAGAAAUUUACGGGAAAGAUUUGGUAUAGAUGAUUUGGACUAUAAGGAAUCAAUGACAAGAUGUCGGGCAUUUAAUCCUUCCUUAUCAGAGAGGCAUUGGAAUUUGACUAGGAAUGGGAAGACUCAUAAAUUGGUUCAGCAUUCUGCUACUGCUCCUUCAAUAAUUUUUCCUUCUUCUCCUGUUCUUUCACAAAUUCCAGUCCUAAGUAAACCACUACGUUCCUACAGUUUUAAACCAAAGCGGCUGAGGUCACAACCCAUAUUAGAGGAUUCAUCUGGGAAAAGUGGUGCAAAAUUUUAUCAGUCUUAUGAUAAACUGUUUAUUAUCAAAACUCUUACAAGGGAAGAAGUGGAAAGGAUGUAUUCGUUUUUAAAACAUUAUCACCCAUAUAUCGUGGAAAGGCACGGAAAAACUUUGUUACCUCAGUAUCUUGGCAUGUACCGUUUAACAGUAGAUGGAGUUGAACACUACGUCGUUGCCAUAAGAAAUGUAUUUUCAAAUCAUUUGACUACGCAUAAAAAAUUUGAUCUAAAAGGCUCAACAGUAGAUCGUGAAGCAUCUGACAAAGAAAAGGAAAAAGAUUUGCCUACUUAUAAAGAUAAUGAUUUUGUUAAAGAGGGAACGAAAAUUUACAUUGGCGAAGAAGCAAAAGCUAAACUUAUAGAAACAUUAACCGCCGAUGUCGACUUUUUAACAAAAUUGCAUUUGAUGGAUUAUUCCUUAUUACUUGGAUUGCACGAUUGUGCACGAGCCGAGCAAGAAAACAGAGAACGUGCUGAAAGAGAGGAAGAAGAGGAUAAUCACGAAGAAGAAGAUGAUAGUGAGUCUGGAAGUGGACUUGAUUCCCGAGGUCCAAUGGGAGAUCGUCUAUGGGGUUGGAGCGGCGUUGCAGGUAUGGCAACGCCUCCUGAAUCACCACAUGCCGCGUUGGUUCGCGACACAAGUUUACAAUAUGAAGAUGCAAUAAUUCCUGAAUUAGAUAUUUAUGCGAUUCCUAGUAAAGAAGGUGCACCUACAAAGGAAAUUUAUUUUUUAGCCAUAAUUGAUGUGCUAACUCAUUAUGGUGUACGUAAGCAAGCAGCAAAGGCAGCUAAAACAGUGAAGUAUGGUGCUAACGUCGAUGGUAUAUCAACCUGUGAUCCAGAACAAUAUGGCAAGCGAUUUAUAGAAUUCAUGAGCAAAGCUAUAGAAUAAGCUCGUUAUUCAUUGUUGUUAAGCUUGUAAAUUUGGACCGCUUAUUCAAAAGUCAUGAUGACACUAUCAUUUUUACGUUUAUGUUUAGUGCAUUGAACAUUUGUUCCUCGCACUUUGAUGUUUGAUUAUAAAUAUCUUUAUUUGAUAUGUACUGUUAUUUAGUCAGUACUGUCGAUUAUAUAUUUCAGUAUUCCUUAUGACAUUUACAACAAACUUAGAAGCAUAACAGAAUUUCAUGGAUUACAAAAUUUUAGAUCUGUGGAGAAUUUUUUUUCAGGGAAUGUUUAAUAAGUUUUUUAUACCAUUCCUCAGUAUUUAAUUAAAAUUUUUCUAUAAAGACAAUUGUCAAAUUAUUUAUUUAUCAGAUCUCACGAAAAGUUCUAUCGUUUUUCAUAUUGGUGAAAAAACAAUUGUUAUUGUAUAGAGUGGGCCAAAAGUUUCUUUCCACUUAUUUUUUUUAAAUAAAACAUCAAACUAUAAAAAAACUAAUUUUAUUAAUUUUAAAUUAAAUUUAGGUUCAAACAUGAUUAUGUUUUAAAAAUUAUUUCUUUCAAAUGUUGAUCGCUGGAACGUUCGCAAAUUUAUUUUAGUAGAAAGUAAUUUUUGGUCCACCGUAUAUAAUAAUUUUUAUUAGUAAAACAUUACAUUUAUUGACCUUCUUUAGUUUACAGAUACCUUUAGUAUGUCAAUUUAGUUUACAAUAUGAGUGUAGCUCGUUUUUGAUAUUUUUUUCUAUUAAUAAAGUCUUUUUUUGCUGAAGUAGCUGCUCAGUAGCUUUUUGCUAAAUAAUAAAUAUUUUCGAUAAUGUUACGUAAAAUAUACGAAAAACUUGCAACGAAAUAGAAACUGAUUUUUCUUAUUCGAGGAUAAUGCACGAUAAGAACCAUAAUUUUUAAUAAAAUGAUUAAAGAUUUAUAGUAGGAACUUCUACUUCAUCUGUCAUAUUUUCCCAACAGAUUAUCACUUUUUUCGUGAUCUAGCCAAAAGACUAUUGACAAAAAAUAAAAUUUUAUACUAAAAGUAUCUAUAGACUAUUAAAGAAAAUUAUUGAAUAUGAUAGAAUUUAUUUUAAUGAAUAAAAGUUAUUAUGUAGUCAAACAAUUGUGUUUCACCAAUAUGAAAUACGACAAAACUUCGCGGGACCUGAUGUUUUAUCUUUAUUUUAACAAACUAACAUUAAUUUUUGUGCAUUAUGUGUACAAACAGGAACACGUAAAAAUUGUAUUAGAAAAUUUUAUUGUAGGUAAUGUUUUAUUUUGUGAGCUGCUACUCAAUGUAAUAUUCAAAAAUAUAAUUUUUUUAAUUAUUAAUUAUUAAUAAUAUUAGCAAUUUUGUUACAUUAAUUUUUUUUAUAUAAAUAUCUAUUUCUAAUAGAAAAAUGUAUCAUAUAUUGUUUUUGGUACACAUAAUGUGCUAUAAAAGUUGCAUUAAUUAUCGUCAUUUGACAGUGAAUGAUAUGUAAUACUAGUUUAUUAAAAAGAAUUAAAAUUAAUGUUGAUGUUACAUAUGAUAAUCACAAACGGGAUACGUGUUUCACGAAGGAAGCCUACAUUUAUUAUGAAAAGUCUCUCCAAUUUCAUUAAAACGAAUUAUAAUGCUUCUGGUCUAGUGUCUGUGGUGUUGUUUGGAAUGUUUAAAUAUUUGAGGUAGAAUAUAAUGGCUUUUACAGUGAGAAAUUUCAUUUUUGGUAGGUUUGAGAGAGAGAGAGAGAGAGAGAGAGAGAGAGAGAGAGAAAGAGAGAGAAUUAAUAUAUUAUAUGCGCAGAAGAUACUAUAGUAAGAGCUUGAAACUUCAAAAAAAUGAUAGUAGAAGUUAAAGUCUGUAAAUGUUACCUCGUUGGUCAUUUCAGUUACCGCGAAUUGAUGUUAAGACUAUCGAUUCGUUUAGUUCAUGAAGUACAUUUACAGGGAACAAAACAAAGUACCUAUUGUGCGUGAUACAUGUGUCCUUUAAUUUGUAAAGUGUCAAAUUUAGCCGAUGAUUUCAUUAGAAAAAUGAAAUAAAGAAGUACAUAUGGAAUAUAUUUUUUGACGCAUUAGGAAUGAAAUGCUCAUUUAUUAUUUCAUUCAUGAGAAGAAUAUAUUAUAUUUAACUAUGUUCGUUUUCUUUUUUAAAUUAUUUAAAAUUAAUUUGUUGAAAAUGUAUUUAUUUUUGGACAGUAUAUGAAGUAACAUAAUGUUUCUUUGUAUCAUUCGAGUCUGAAUGCGUCAAGCUUCGGUAUAAUUAUUAGCACAAGAUCAUCUUGCUUAAUAUUUUCAAUGCAAGGUAACUUAAUAAUGCAACUUCACUUUUUUAAUCAAUAAACUUAUAUAAUAAAAAAUACUAUUUUAUUAAUUAUAUUUUAAGAUCGUAUAUCAUUGUAUUAUGUUAAAGCAAAACGGACAAUGUAUCAUUGCAUAAUACUCUAUCCUUAAAUAUUCUAAUAAUCGAUUUUUUAUAAUUUGUUAAAACUGAUCAUAAUAUAACGACUAAUUACUUUACUAAUUAAGGUAUUCAUCUAGUCUCGAUACUUUAUAUGAUUUUAUACAUUGCAACAUAUUGGAAGAACAACAAAAGUAAAUGAAAAUGCAUAUUGCUAAAGGUGUGUUACAAAAGAACAGUUAUUACAAUUAUAAAAAUACGCUCAAUUUCUGUAAUACUAUAGAUUCUAUAAAAGAAAAUAUAAAUUGUUUUGUUAA